UUUUGCUUUUGUCAUAAAAUCACAAUGACAAGAACAGCUGAAUUUGUUUUUGGCUUUUCAACUUUGCCUGCUAGCAAUUUUCAUCUAUUACUCUUCAAUUCCUAUUCCUCACUAUUGUUGAAUUUGUUAAAGUCAACUAGUUUCUAGUGCUAUAUUUUUUACAUAUCUAAAGAAUAAAACCUCAUUUGUUUGGAUUGACUUAUUUAAGCUUAAUCUACUGACAUAAGUACUUGUAAAAUUGUUUGGAAAAACUUACAGAAACAACUUCUCCAUCAUAGCUUAUAAAACAACUUGCAGCUUAUAUGGAAACAGUUUAACUUUAUUUGAUCUUUUGUUAUAAAAAUAGUUUAUAUAUAAGCACUUAUAUGAUAAGCGCUUAUGCUAUUAACUCGUAAUUAUGUUGUUUAUCCAAACAGGACUUAAUGGAAUAGCUGAACUAGAAUUGCUAUCUCAAACCAUUAAAUUUUCUUCAACAGCUGUUUCAUUGUGGUUUCUGUAAGCUAUAAGCAACCAAGAAAAUGUUGGCUAAGGCUAGUUUGGAUGAAGAUAUAGCCUCAACUGAGAUGACAGGGUCAGCAAGUCAACAUACACCAGUUCCUGCAGGUUCUGGAAAUUUCCAAGAAAUGGUUGACAUGCACGAAGAUACCAAGAAGAACAAGGGAAUGGAGUCUCUAUGCCUUUAAUGGCUAUAAUUAUUGGAGACACUCUUGAUGCUUUUGGAGCAAAUGUUAACAACACUAAACAAGUAGUUCAUCAAGUUUCCAAGGUGUCUCUCAAGUUUGCAAUUUUAGGUGCAUGUGCUUUUAUUGCGGUGUUUCUACAGGUGUCUUGUUGGAUGGUCACAGGGGAGAGACAAGCUGCAAGAAUAAGGGCCUUAUACCUCAAAGCAGUUUUAAGGCAAGAUAUCAGUUUCUUUGACAAGGAAACAAACAGUGGUGAAGUUGUUGGAAGAAUGUCAGGUGAUACAGUUUUUAUUCAAGAAGCCAUGGGAGAGAAGGUAGGAAAAUUCAUACAGUGCAUGUCAUGUUUAUUAGGAGGUUUAGUUGUGGCAUUCAUCAAGGGUUGGCUUCUAACCCUUGUCCUUCUAUCGUCUAUCCCUCUUCUUCUCCUCUCUGGUUCAAUAACGAGCUUUGUAUUUGCAAUGAUGGCAUCCCAUGGACAAGUAGCUUAUUCUGAAGCAGCAAUUAUAGUAGAGCGGAUAACCGGUUCCAUUAGAACAGUUGCAUCAUUUACCGGCGAAAAGCAAGCUAUAGCUCAGUACAAUAAAUCCUUAACUAAAGCUUAUAAAAUUGGAGUGCAAGAAGGAUUGGCUAUUGGUUUAGGAUUCGGUUCGGCUCGUUUAUUAGUUUAUUGCACUUAUGCUUUGACUGUAUGGUUCGGAGGGAAGAUGGUACUAGAGAAAGGUUAUACUGGAGGUCAAGUCAUAAGUGUAUUUUUUGCAAUUCUAACUGGUUCCUUGUCUCUAGGACAGGCAUUUCCAUGUUUAACUGCAUUUGCAGCUGGACAAGCUGCAGCCUUUAAUAUGUUUGAAACGAUUAAAAGGAGGCCAGAAAUUGAUGCUUAUGAUACUACUGGGAGAAAGCUUGAUGACAUCCGCGGAGACAUAGAUCUUAGAGAGGUUUGCUUUAGUUAUCCUACAAGACCAAAUGAAAUGAUAUUCGAUGCAUUUUCUAUUUCAAUAUCGAGUGGUACUACCGCAGCUUUGGUAGGGCAAAGUGGGAGUGGGAAAUCGACGGUUAUUAGUUUAAUAGAGAGAUUUUAUGAUCCACAAGGUGGUGAAAUUCUCAUUGAUAGUAUCAACCUCAGAGAGUUUCAACUGAAAUGGAUCAGACAGAAAAUAGGCCUAGUCAGUCAGGAACCAGUUCUCUUUGCUUGUAGCAUUAAAGAGAACAUUGGCUAUGGUAAGGAUGCGGCAACCGAUGAAGAAAUCAGAGAUGCAGCAGAACUUGCUAAUGCUUCUAACUUUAUUGAUAAAUUUCCCCAUGGACUUGAAACGAUGGUCGGAGAGCAUGGAGCUCAGCUUUCUGGAGGCCAAAAACAAAGAAUUGCUAUAGCAAGAGCAAUUCUGAAAGAUCCAAGAAUUUUACUACUCGAUGAAGCAACAAGUGCUCUUGACGUGGAAUCGGAAAGAGUGGUACAAGAGACUCUAGACAGAAUCAUGAUAAAUCGAACAACCAUCAUUGUAGCUCACCGCCUAAGCACGAUAAGGAAUGCUGAUAUCAUUGCAAUUAUUCAUCAAGGAAAAGUAGUAGAAAAAGGUACACAUGCUGAGCUCACUGAAGAUCCUGAUGGAGCUUAUAGUCAACUCAUUAAGCUGCAAGAAACUGAAAGGGAUUCAUCAGAACAGUAUGGUGCUAAUGACUCAGAUAAGCUAGACAACUUUGUAGAUUCUGGAAGAGAGUCAAGCCAAAGGUCUUUAAGCUGUGGAUCAUUAGGGAUAGGAAAAAGCAGUGAUAACUCACUCCAAGUAUCAAAUUCUAUUCCUACCACACUAGUACAAGGAGCUGAAGUUGUUUCUUCAACAUCAGCAUCAUCACAUAUAAGUAAAACUAAAGAUGUCCCAUUUCUCCGCCUCGCUUAUCUUAACAAGCCUGAAAUCCCAGUGUUACUCCUAGGGAUUCUAGCAGCAGCAGUUACCGGAGCAAUGCUACCUAUUCUGGGACUUCUAGUCUCCAAGAUGAUAAAUACAUUCUUUGAGCCUGCAGAUGAACUUCAUAAAGACUCGAAGUUUUGGGCAUUGAUAUUUAUUUCCCUUGGUGUGGCUUCCUUCGUUUUCCAUCCUUUAAGGUCCUACUUUUUUGCAUUAGCUGGUUCGAAGUUGAUAAAAAGGAUCCGGUUAAUGUGUUUUGAGAAAAUAAUUCACAUGGAAGUAGGCUGGUUUGAUAAAGCUGCGAAUUCAAGUGGUGCACUUGGAGCAAGGCUGUCAACUGACGCCGCUUCAAUUCGAACUUUGGUUGGCGAUGCACUCAGUUUGUUUGUUCAAGAUAUUGCUACUGUUAUUACAGCGUUGGUAAUCUCCUUUGUGGCAAAUUGGCAGCUUUCUCUCAUCAUUAUUGUUUUGGUACCUCUACUACUAGUAAAUGGACAUUUUCAAAUCAAGUCCAUGCAAGGAUUCAACACAGAUGCAAAGAAACUAUAUGAGGAAGCAAGUCAAGUAGCGAACGAUGCGGUUGGGAAUAUCAGAACAGUUUCUGCUUUCUGUGCCGAAGAGAAGGUGAUGGAGUUAUACCAGAAGAAAUGUGUAGUACCAGUCCAGACAGGAAAAAGGCAGGGUUUAGUCAGUGGAAUUGGUUUUGCCUCCUCUAUCUUCUUUCUGUUUUGUGUCUAUGCAUGCAGUUUUUACGCCGGCGCACAACUUGUUGAGCAUGGCAAAACAUCAAUAUCCGAAGUUUUUCAAGUAUUUUUCUCUCUCAAUAUGGCAGCCGUUGCAAUAUCUCAGUCCGGCUUCAUGGCACCAGGAGCCAGUAAAGCAAAAAGUUCUGCUGCUUCUAUACUUGCUAUCCUUGAUCAGAAAUCAAAAAUUGACACCAGCGAUGAAUCAGGAAUGACACUGGAAGAUGUGAAGGGAGAGAUAGAGUUUCACAAUGUCGCUUUCAAGUAUCCAACUAGACCUGAUGUUCAUAUAUUCAAAAAUCUUUCAUUAACCAUUCAUUCAGGACAGACAGUUGCAUUGGUUGGAGAAAGUGGAAGUGGAAAAUCAACAGUGAUCUCACUGUUGCAAAGAUUUUAUGAUCCAGAUUCAGGUCAGAUUAAACUGGAUGGAACAGAAAUCCAAAAGCUACAACUUAAAUGGUUUAGGCAACAAAUGGGCCUGGUAAGCCAAGAGCCUGUGCUGUUCAAUGACACCAUCAGAGCCAACAUUGCUUAUGGAAAAGGUGGUAAUGCAACUGAGGCUGAAAUUAUAGCUGCGGCAGAACUGGCAAAUGCUCAUAAGUUCAUUAGCAGUUUGCAGCAGGGGUAUGAUACAAUAGUAGGGGAGAGAGGGACUCAACUAUCUGGAGGACAGAAGCAACGUGUGGCAAUUGCAAGAGCAGUAGUUAACGGUCCAAGAAUAUUACUACUAGAUGAAGCCACAAGUGCACUUGAUGCUGAGUCUGAAAAAGUGGUUCAAGAUGCACUUGACAGAGUGAGGGUGGACAGAACCACCAUUGUGGUGGCUCAUAGAUUAUCUACAAUAAAAGGUGCAAAUUCAAUAGCAGUUGUUAAAAAUGGAGUGAUUGAAGAAAAAGGAAAGCAUGACACAUUGCUCAAUAAGGGUGGUACCUAUGCUUCUUUAGUAGCAUUGCAUACAAGUAGCACUGCUUCAUCUUAUUAAGACUCUUUCAUCUUCUUGUAUCUAUUUUCUGAUGGUUUCUUAAUCUCUCUUUAUAUAUAUG